AUGUCGAGCGAUGCAGGCGAAUCGAGGACCCGCCGUAUUGUCGUGCUGAUAUCGGGUUCAGGCACUAACCUCCAGGCUCUCAUCGAUUCAAUAAACACCCCUUCAUUACCAAAUUCUUCAAUAGUUCUCGUUGUCUCUAAUCGAAAAGCGGCGUACGGCCUCAUCCGCGCAUCGCAGGCAUCGCCUCCAAUCCCAACCUACUAUAUCGCGCUCCAAACAUAUCUGAAAGAGCACCCGGGCAAAGGUCGAUCGGAUUACGAUCGGGAAGUGGGACGGAUCGUGCUGCAGGCUUGCCCCGACGUCGUAGUGCUCGCCGGAUGGAUGCACGUCUUUGGUGAUGGAUUCCUGGAGGAGAUGGCCACGGGCGAUCGGCAGGACUCCAUCCCAGUGAUCAACCUCCACCCCGCUCUCCCCGGUGCUUUCGACGGAAUGCACGCUAUAGAUCGCGCGUACGAGGCCUUUCAGAAGGGAGAGAUCACGAAAUCCGGGGUGAUGGUACACCGCGUAGUCAAAGAGGUCGAUCGCGGGGAACCUAUAUUGAUUCGGGAAGUCGAUAUGCAAGCAGGGGAAAGCAAGGAGGCGUUCGAGGAAAGAGUUCAUAAAACAGAGUGGGAGGUCAUUGUCGAAGCUACAAGGAAAGUAUUGGGCGCUGUUGUCUAG